UGAAUAUCAAAUAUAUUUGUGAUCUUUUGACCAUGACUGCUACCACAUUACAAUUCCUGGUUCUCACGACCUUCAUCGUAGCAACAUUUUUUAGUGUUGAAGGGAAAAUCCCCGAAUCAUGCAAGAAGUACGAGUGCCCCACCUACAAUGUUACAGAAAUGGGAAAGGACUAUGAAAUUCGUAGCUAUAAUUCACCCGUGUGGAUUUCUACCUCUCCUGUUCAAGACAAUUCGUUAGUUGCAGCUACAAGAAAGGGGUUUUCAAGGCUAUUCAGUUAUGUUAAUGGUUACAACAACGAAAAGGAGGUGAUUAAGAUGACAGCACCAGUGAUCAGUGAAGUUUCAAAUGGAAACUCUACUGUUGUGAGCUUGUACGUGCCACUAGCCAACCAAAAGAACCCUCCUUCUGCAGAUGGUCUAAAAGUUCAAAGAUGGAAAGCUUCAUACGUAGCUGUGAGACAAUUUGGUGGAUUUGUGACAGAUUCUAAUUUUAUGGGAGAAGUUGAUGCCUUGAAAGGUAGCCUUGCAGGCACCAAAUGGGCUUCUAAGACUCAUAAUGGUUUCAUUGUUGCACAGUACAAUGCCCCUUUUGAAUUGUUCAACAGAGUGAAUGAGAUAUGGUUCUUGUAUUAGUCAUAAUCAAUGACAUGCUAAGUGGAAUAACCUGAUGAGAAAAUAUGUUCUUAAAUCAGUAAAUAUAUAUCAUACUUGAGCAAUUAAUUCAAAAAUUAAGUUUCUAUA